AUGGGCAAACCACACGGCCGAUUCGAUCCAACACCACACCACGCACGUCAGCGGAAAGAGGCCAGGGCAGCGCCGGCCGCCAUGGGCCAGGACCAUGUCCAGACGUCGAAGCGCCAGGACAGCGCAUCGCCCCCUGCGCUGCCGCAAGGCAAAGUCAAAGACUUCAGCAUCGCAGCGUCGCAAUCGGAAUCAGUUCCAGCUCAAUUGACAUUGACUACAAAGCCCCCAGCCAUGAUCUUCUCCGACUUUUACCGAAGUUCACGCUCACCACUUUCCAAGCUUCGUCAGCACCACCCACAGCUUCCAGCUCUGCUGCCCACUUCAACACCUGAAUGGGUAGCCGAUGAGUAUGCCGAUCUUCUGAGCAAGGACAAAGUCAAACAAAAGGAGGCUGUGAAGCGCUACUUGACCGACAAGGUCCGCAGCGACUGGAAUUUUACUUGGCCGCCUGCCGUUCCAGAGGCGAAGGCUGCAUCGGCAUCUGACGGCCCAGGAGCGGUUGUCGAGCUUUCAAAUGAGGUCAACCCCCCAAAGCCAAGCGGUGCGUCUCACACUCCUAUGAGCCAAGGAGAUGGAUAUCGGGAGGAAGAGGUUACCGAGUUGGAUGAGCAAGAGUCGGAUACUGGAGACGGCGAUGCCAUCGACGACGACAACGAUGACGGCGAGUCUGUAUACAGUGUAGUGUCUGAAGAUGCCGCACAUUAUCAGCCUCGGAUUGAAUGGAGGUCGGAUCUGUCCGAUGAUGAAAAUCUGUCUUCCAAUCCCUCACCAUUCAUCUUUGACAACCCCGACUCUAUCCAAUCGACCGUUCAGGACCUUAUGCGCGCAAAGAAGGCCCGCAGACGGCGCGCGUUGCGGCAAGAGAUUGCUUGGAACAAGGGCCUCGCCUGUUUUGAAGCGCGGCGGAAUGCUUGGACCGGCGCAAAGACGGUCCGUGUUCGAAGUAAGCCUGUAACCACGCCGCCAGCAUCACCGCGGUCACCAAGGCGAUUUUUCUUCCGCCGCUCAAUAUCCGGAUCGCCGCCCAAUCCAGCGGUGGCCGUCCUCUCCCAGCACGGUGAAAUCUGUGGCGCGGUAUCCGACUCGUCAUGCGCCUCAAAGGACGCUGAGAAAGACUCGAAGAAACAUGCAAGCACCGACUCGUCAAUGUCGGACUCCAUCAGGGUCCAGACUUAUCCUGUUGAAACUUUGCUCCCUAUUGGCCAACCUCUGCUUCCGCCAACAAAUCGCCUGCGAGCCUCGAUUUCGCCAGCGGUGUAUCUAAGCCUCUACGACAAGGUCGUCUUGCACAAUCUGCAGCCCGCAUGCCCCAUCAACUUAUCAGACAUGUUGCGAUCCUGUGUUGCCGGUUGGAAACGAGAUGGCGAGUGGCCCCCACGAAGCUCAGCCCCUGAUCCGACCCCAGCAAGCCGAAAGAAAAAGAAGGCAGCUCCAGCUUCUGCCACUGACAAUGUGGGGAACGUAGCAAGACGCAUGAGUUUCGGCCUCUUGGGUCGUGACAAGGAUGAAGAAACCGGAGGGGGCAAAGGAAUUCGCCGUAGUCUGCAAAGAGCGCUUGGAAUUGGUGUCGUGACUGGCAUAGGAGAUGCCUGA